AUGGUCGAAUUUCCAUAUUCCAGCGCCCCGCUGCGGACGGUGAAAGAAGUGCAGUUUGGUAUCUUCUCACCGGAAGAAGUACGUGCCAUCAGUGUGGCAAAGGUGGAGUUUCCAGAAACUAUGGAUGAAACCCAAAUGCGGGCCAAGAUCGGUGGUUUGAACGAUCCACGUCUUGGAUCUAUCGACCGUAAUUUCAAAUGUCAAACGUGUGGUGAGGGUAUGAACGACUGCCCUGGUCAUUUUGGUCACAUCGAGCUAGCGAAGCCCGUGUUCCAUAUCGGUUAUAUUUCCAAGAUAAAAAAGGUUUGCGAGUGUGUCUGUAUGCACUGCGGAAAGCUUCUUUUGGAUGAACAUAGUGAGUUAAUGAGGCAAGCCAUCAAAAUUAAAGAUCCUAAGAGGAGGUUCAAUGCCGUCUGGUCCCUAUGUAAGGCCAAGAUGGUUUGUGACACGGACGUUCCAUCUGACGAUGAUCCCACCAGAUACGUUUCUAGAGGCGGUUGCGGUAAUACGCAGCCUAGCAUAAGGAAAGAUGGUCUUUCGUUGGUUGGUACGUGGAAAAAGGACAAAGGUGCAGACGAUGCCGACCAACCCGAAAGACGUAUUAUCUCCGCUGACGAAGUUCUCAACGUCUUCAAACAUAUAUCACCCGAAGACUCAGUACGGUUGGGAUUCAACGAAGAUUUUGCUCGUCCUGAAUGGAUGAUCUUGACAGUUCUACCAGUCCCUCCUCCUCCUGUGCGUCCUUCGAUUUCUUUCAACGAGACCCAAAGAGGUGAGGAUGAUUUGACCUACAAGCUUGGUGACAUUUUGAAAGCAAAUAUCAAUGUACAACGGCUUGAAAUCAACGGAUCCCCGCAGCAUGUUAUUCAAGAAUCAGAAUCUCUUUUGCAGUUUCAUGUUGCGACUUAUAUGGACAAUGAUAUUGCAGGUCAACCUCAAGCGUUACAAAAAUCUGGUCGUCCAAUUAAAUCGAUCCGUGCUCGUUUGAAGGGUAAAGAAGGCCGUAUCAGAGGUAAUCUUAUGGGUAAGCGUGUGGAUUUUUCUGCACGUACCGUUAUUUCUGGUGAUCCAAAUUUGGAUCUGGACCAGGUUGGGGUACCAAAGUCCAUCGCAAGAACUCUUACCUACCCAGAAGUCGUAACACCAUACAAUAUCGACCGCCUGACGCAGUUGGUCCGGAAUGGACCUAAUGAACACCCUGGUGCAAAAUAUGUCAUUCGUGACAACGGUGAUCGUAUAGAUCUAAGAUACAGCAAAAGGGCUGGUGAUAUUCAGUUGCAGUACGGAUGGAAGGUUGAACGGCAUAUUAUAGAUGACGAUCCCGUUCUUUUCAACCGUCAACCCUCUUUACACAAAAUGUCGAUGAUGGCCCACAGGGUUAAGGUCAUGCCCUAUUCUACAUUCAGAUUGAACUUAUCGGUCACCUCACCAUACAAUGCCGAUUUCGACGGUGAUGAAAUGAACUUACACGUUCCACAAUCGGAGGAAACCAGAGCGGAACUCUCACAGCUUUGCGCAGUACCACAACAGAUUGUGUCCGCUCAGUCAAACAAGCCUUGUAUGGGUAUUGUUCAAGAUACAUUAUGUGGUGUACGGAAAAUGACACUGAGAGAUACAUUUAUCGAACUGGAUCAAGUUCUUAAUAUGCUUUACUGGAUUCCAGAUUGGGAUGGCGUUAUACCAACGCCUACGAUUCUAAAACCCAAGCCCCUAUGGUCUGGUAAGCAAAUUUUGUCUAUUGCCAUCCCUAAUGGUAUUCAUCUUCAAAGGUUCGACGAAGGUACAACACUUCUGUCGCCCAAAGAUAACGGAAUGUUGAUCAUUGAUGGCCAGAUAAUAUUCGGUGUUGUGGACAAAAAGACCGUGGGAUCUUCUAGCGGCGGUUUAAUUCACGUUGUUACAAGAGAAAAGGGUCCUAAAGUGUGUGCAAGACUUUUCAGUAACCUCCAAAAAGUGGUCAAUUUCUGGUUGCUUCACAACGGGUUUUCAAUUGGUAUUGGUGAUACGAUUGCCGAUGAAAAGUCAAUGAGGGAGAUCACGGAUGCUAUCAUGGUGGCAAAGAAAAAGGUAGAAGAAGUGACCAAGGAGGCGCAAGCAAAUUUGCUAACCGCGAAGCACGGGAUGACAUUGCGUGAAUCUUUCGAAGAUAAUGUGGUGCGUUAUCUAAAUGAGGCUAGAGAUAAAGCAGGUCGGUCUGCGGAAGUAAACCUAAAGGAUUUGAAUAACGUCAAGCAGAUGGUAAGUGCAGGCUCAAAGGGUUCAUUUAUUAAUAUUGCUCAAAUGUCCGCUUGUGUUGGCCAACAAUCCGUCGAGGGUAAACGUAUCGCGUUUGGGUUUGCUGAUCGAACACUGCCGCACUUUUCGAAGGACGACUAUUCUCCUGAAUCUAAAGGCUUUGUCGAAAACUCGUAUUUGAGAGGUUUGACUCCACAAGAAUUUUUCUUCCACGCAAUGGGUGGUCGUGAAGGUUUGAUCGACACAGCUGUGAAGACUGCAGAAACUGGGUAUAUUCAACGUCGUUUAGUAAAGGCUUUGGAAGACAUCAUGGUCCACUAUGAUGGUACGACGAGAAACUCCUUGGGUAAUGUAAUCCAGUUUGUCUAUGGUGAGGACGGUAUGGACGCCGCUCACAUAGAGAAGCAAUCGAUUGAUAGUAUCGCCGCUUCAGAUGCUGCUUUUGACCGGAGAUACAGAAUUGAUCUUUUGAACCCCAAGCAUGCCUUGGACCCCUCGCUGUUGGAAUCAGGCUCUGAGAUUAUUGGUGACUUGAAGCUUCAGGCGCUUCUGGAUGAAGAGUACCGACAAUUACUAGAGGACAGGAAGUUCUUGAGAAAGAUUUUCGUGGACGGUGAACAAAACUGGCCGCUACCGGUAAACAUCAGACGUAUCAUUCAAAAUGCCCAGCAGACCUUCCGUAUUGAACACUCCAAGCCUACUGACCUUACAAUCCGCGAUGUCAUUUUUGGCGUGAGAGAUCUCCAAGAUAGACUACUGGUUUUGCGUGGUAAGAGCCAACUCCUCCAAGAAGCUCAGAAAAAUGCCGUUACUCUAUUUUGCUGCCUCUUGAGGUCCCGGUUGGCCGCUCGCAGAGUCAUUCAAGAGUACAGACUAACGAAACAAACUUUCGACUGGGUGAUGAACAAUAUUGAAGCUCAGUUUUUGAGGUCCAUUGUUCACCCUGGUGAAAUGGUGGGUGUUCUUGCUGCGCAGUCCAUUGGUGAACCUGCUACACAAAUGACCUUGAAUACAUUCCACUUUGCUGGUGUUGCAUCAAAGAAGGUUACCUCAGGUGUCCCCCGUUUGAAGGAAAUUUUGAAUGUGGCAAAAAAUAUGAAAACCCCUUCUCUCACGGUCUAUCUAGAGGGAGAUUAUGCUGCUGACCAGGAGAAGGCAAAAUUGAUCAGAUCUGCAAUCGAGCACACGACUUUAAAAAGUGUCACAGUCGCUUCAGAAAUUUACUACGAUCCUGAUCCUCGCUCCACUGUCAUUGAAGAUGACGAAGAAAUCAUUCAGUUGCAUUUUUCGUUGAUGGACGAGGAGACAGAGCAGUCGCUAGACCAUCAAUCACCAUGGUUGCUACGUCUUGAAUUAGACCGUGCAGCAAUGAACGACAAGGAUUUGACUAUGGGACAAGUUGGAGAGAAAAUCAAGGAGACUUUCAAAAACGAUCUUUUCGUUAUUUGGUCUGAAGAUAACGCCGAAAAGUUGGUCAUUCGUUGUCGUGUUGUUCGUGACCCUAAAACAUUGGAUGCUGAGGCGGAAGCUGAAGAAGAUCAUAUGUUGAAGAGAAUUGAGAACACUAUGUUGGAAAGCAUCACCUUGCGUGGUGUGGAGGACAUCACUCGUGUGGUGAUGAUGAAAUACGAUCGCAAAACGCCCAGUCUAACGGGUGAAUACCACAAGGUGCCUGAGUGGGUUUUGGAAACAGACGGUGUCAAUCUUGCUGAGGUCAUGAGUGUGCCUGGUGUCGAUCCCGCUCGUAUUUACACGAAUUCCUUCAUUGAUAUUAUGAAUGUACUAGGAAUCGAAGCAGGUCGUGCGGCACUGUACAAGGAGGUUUACAACGUUAUUGCAUCCGAUGGUUCUUAUGUCAACUAUCGUCACAUGGCGUUACUUGUCGAUGUCAUGACGUCACAGGGUUUCUUAAUGUCUGUUACUCGUCACGGUUUCAAUAGGUCUGACACUGGUGCCCUCAUGAGAUGUUCUUUUGAAGAGACAGUAGAGAUUCUGUUUGAAGCGGGUGCUGCUGCCGAGCUCGAUGACUGCCGGGGUGUUUCUGAGAAUGUUCUACUAGGACAAGUCGCCCCUAUCGGUACAGGUGCAUUUGAUGUCAUGAUUGAUGAAGACUCGCUGGUCAAGUUUAUGCCUGAACAGAAAACCAAUGAAAUAUCUGACGGUCAAGAUGGUUCCAGAACCCCUUACAACAACGAAAGUGGUCUGGUCAAUGCAGACAUUGAUGUCAAAGAUGAGCUCAUGUUCUCGCCUAUGGUGGAUUCAGGCUCUACAGAUGCCAUGUCUGGAGGGUUCACAGCUUAUGGAGGUGCGGAUUACGGUGGUGCGUCAUCUCCAUUUAGUGGAUAUGGCGAUGGUCCCUCAUCACCAGGAUUUGGGGGAGUCGCUUCUCCCGGAUUCUCUCCUUCUUCCCCAGCCUAUUCCCCAACGUCGCCAAGCUAUAGCCCAACUUCCCCCAGCUACAGCCCAACUUCGCCAUCAUACUCUCCUACAUCGCCAUCAUACUCACCUACCUCGCCAAGCUACAGCCCGACGUCGCCAUCCUACUCGCCUACUUCACCAUCCUACUCCCCAACGUCUCCAAGCUAUAGCCCAACAUCACCUUCUUACUCCCCAACGUCCCCAUCAUACUCACCAACUUCGCCAAGUUAUAGUCCGACGUCACCUUCAUACUCACCAACUUCACCAAGUUACAGUCCGACUUCGCCAUCGUACUCACCAACUUCACCAAGUUACAGUCCGACUUCGCCAUCGUACUCACCAACGUCGCCAAGCUACAGCCCGACAUCGCCAUCAUAUUCACCAACAUCACCAAGCUACAGCCCAACAUCACCAAGCUACAGUCCUACUUCACCAUCUUACUCCCCUACUUCACCUUCCUACUCGCCAACUUCGCCAAGCUACAGUCCAGGAUCACCUUCAUACUCGCCAAACUCUCCUAAGGGUGAUAAUGACAAAAGCGAUAAUCACAACAAUAAUUCUCAAUGA